AUGACCAUCCAGAAAGUCGUCCUCGUGGGCGCAAACGGCGACCUCGGAGCUGCCGUCCUCCGUGGACUGGUUGAGGCGGGCACCUUCCAAGUCACGGUGCUCAAGCGCCAAAGUAGCAGCAGCAGCAACGACAGCUUCCCACCGUCCGUCCAAACCCUCACGGUUCCGGACGCAUGGACGGAGCCGGACCUGACAACCGCCCUGCGAGGCGCCGACGCCGUGGUAGCCUGCUUCGCACUGAGGGAGGACCCGCCGCGCGCGCACCUGGUCCUCGCCUCCGCCGCCGCCGCGGCCGGCGUCAGGCGCUACAUCCCCGCCGACUUUGGCAGCGUCGACUCGCGCGCGCCCCGGGCCCGCGAGCUGGUCCCGCUGUUUGGCAAGAAGGCGGCCGUCCGGGCGCUCCUGGACAGCCUGGCCGCGUCGACGCCCACCUUUUCCUGGACGAGCAUCGUGUGCGGUCACUUUUUCGACUGGGGCCUGCGUGAGAACUUUCUGCACGUGGACCUCAGGGCGCGGACCCAUGAGAUCCUGGACAAGGGCGAGCAGCGGAGCUCGCUGUCGACGUUGGCACAGGUCGGGAGGGCCGUCGUGGCGAUCCUGAACAAGCCCGACGAGACUAGGAACCGCACCGUCUUUAUCCAAAGCUUCUGCGUGAGCCAGAACGACGUCCAGGCUGCCUUGGAAAAGGCGACGGGGACAACAACCCGAGACGGAGAGUGUCAAUGGAAGAAGACGUAUGUUCCGGCCGAACAGUUCAUCGCCGAGAAGGUGGUUCUGCGCGACGCAGGCGACAAGCAAGCCAUUGAAGAUCUGGUGUUUGCUCUGGGUGUCAUCGACGGCGACUGGGAGAAAAAAGACGAGUUCGCCAUGGAUCUGCUUGGCUUGCAGCCCGAGGAUCUGGAUAAAGUUGUCAAGGACGUCGUGGACGAAUUUGAGAAGCAACGUGACCAAUAG